AUGUCGGACUACGUUCUGCUGGCAGCCCAGGCGCGGGUGAACCUGACCGGUGAUGCCACAACGCCGGCCGGCGUCCGCCCCACCACCAUUCCGGCAGUGACGCUGCGUCUGAUUUACGAUCUAGAUGCGUUGGCUAAAAUUCCCGUCGACCCUGACAUUCCACCGCCACCUGUAGGCGACCCCCAAAAGCGACGUCCUAGCCAGCCGGAGGAGGACUCUUCGUCUAGCGAUGAGGAGGAGGAACCACAGCCCGGCGCGGGACGCCAACGUCGGCCGCUCACUCGAGCCAAGAGGGAUCGAAGAGAGAUAGAGGAGGCGUUGACCGAGGACGAACUCGAGGAUAGGCUGAACGCGAGCGCCCUGCGAGGAGAGUUUACGACGGCUGAGUUUGUGGUCGAGGAUCUGAAGAACAGCGACAUCGAAGUGCUGAUAGUCAAUGCCCUUCGCCAUACGGAGAUGCUUGAGGAAGGGUCGUCGCUGCGGCAGUACAUAUCGUGGAUACUAGACUACAAGCGGUGGGCGGUGGAUGCUCUUCCGUCACAAGGUGACGACAUGAAGCCGGGUUCCAUACUCACUUACAAGGACGAAAUCGGCAAGCACAUCGGCGAUGAUUUGGGCGAACGUUGGCACACCGCCCCGCGCCAGUUCAUCUGGUUGCACGACCAGAGGACCAACGAGCCUCGAAUUCGCGCUUACGUCUUGUUCAGAGCGCGAGAGACCCUCAUCGAGGCAAUGAGGAGCGAAGAGGGCAAUACCGCCAUGCGCACGCAACCGAUCAAGCCUUGCACGGUCAACAUGCUACUCGGCCGCAAGGCCCUUCCGAUGGCGGCCAAGAUAGAGGCGACCCUGUACAAGGAGAAGGAGCUGUACAUCAUGCAGGACAUCUCGGUCGUCCGCACGGAAGUGCGCGUCAUGGUUCGCAGAAAGAACAAAACCGACACCAACGUACGCGAGAUCAUGCUCGCCGACAUAUUUCUGUACCGCCUUGCUAGCGGGUCGUCGAUGAACCCUGACAACCGGCCAAUGGUCAUGGUCAUCGCGCAGCGCAACUCGAAGACGUGCAAGGACGGCCGUCUUCAUCACAUCUACGCGGCGAGGCACUUAGAGGCGGAACUGUGUGCUGUGGGCGAUACAAUCCUCUGGCUGCACUUCAUCUACGACCAGGCGGAAGAGCUCGCACAAGGGCCUGGGACGAACACGGCCGCAGUGCUCUUCAUCCAGACCAUGCUGGAUGCACGCCGCAUUGCGGCCGAGGACCUUGCGGCGUGGGCGAAAGACAUCCAGAAGAUUGACACCGAGACGAUCGCCAAGCGCCGGUCGCCGAUCCCGACCCAGCCAGCUUCUCAGCCCGCCUGGACGCCGGAUUUUCAGGUCGACCUUCUGAACGAGACGUUGGCCCACGAGAGGCACAAAGCGACGCUCAAGCAGAUGAAGGUGGAGAAGGAGCUCGAGGAGGCGCGUGCUGCUAUCGCGGCGAGGGACGCCGAGAUCUCCCGGCUCAUGGAGGAGCUCAAGAUCUCCGAGGCACGUAGGGCGCCAGCGCCACAGGCGCCUUCUAGGCCGACGACCCUGGAAGAGGAGGCAGCUGCGGCCGCUAAGAAAGCUCAGUUGGACGCCGACGCUCACUACGAGGCCCUGGUUGUCGACCCAUGGAGAAAGGCCGAGACUGUGGCAGAGGCCUGGCGCUUCUGGAACUGCCCCACCACCACGGACCGCCGGCGUCUCUACGACAGGAUCAACGAGCCAAGUUUCAUCGGGCGGCACAGCCUCCUGGGAAAGUCGUCGGCCAACGCAAAACAGGGUGAGAUGCGCCGAAUGAGGAGGGCGAUGGAGGCCGUGCGCCGCUUCCGCUCGUCAGACGGAGAGGCCGACACCGCCGCCGUCAUCAAGAAACUCGACGAGCUCGCUGCGUCGGGAAUUGUGACCUUCUACGAUGCUCUGAAGAUCAUCGACGCCGACGCGCUUCCGAUAUGCACGGAGGGGAACCUGGGCAUCAAGGGGCUUUCUGAGGGUGAAAAGCCCAAGCUGACGGUUGCUUGGGGACUGGUGGCGGCGGGAUACAUGACGCACAAGUGGGGCGAGGACAUGUUCCCAACCACGUGGGAAGAGCAGAAAGCUGUGGCGGCCCAAGCGGCCGCGGAGCAGGUCGCUGGAAGACCGCCGCCGCUGCCGACGAAGACGUCCAAGCAUCGGAAGCCGGGCUGA